GAGAUAUCUGGCGUGCCCGGACUUGGAAAUCCUCAAUGUUUUGCCCAUGAUACAUGAGACGAGAGACUUGGGAGAGAGAGAGCAACAUCUUGGAUAAGGAGGAAAAAACAAAAUACAAGCUAGCAGAUUUCCUACUGAAGUUGUAAGAGAGCAGUCGAGAAGAACGUCCUCUGUCCAAAGAGUGUGGAUGGAACCUAACCAGCCUGGCGCCAGGAGUUAAAAGAUCCGGUUCGAAAUCUCUUCUUUAUUCACCUAUCCCAAGUUUCUUCCGAUCUGCCAGUUCUGUCACUUCAGCUUUGCUGCCUCUGUGCCAGGAAUUUCCUCAUCUGGGAGUGCAAUGGUAGAAGAAGGCACGAGCCGGGGGGAUCGGGCUCCCUGUGGUGGCGGGCCACGGGGACCCCCACGCCCUCCAGCCCCGCCGCACCAUGGCAUCUCAGUGGUGGGCAAAGCGGUGUGGAGCGUGGCACGAGCAGGGAAAGGCUGGCGCUUUGAGCGAGCUGUCGGCGUCGAUUGCAGCUUGCCCGAACCCCGUUGCAUCUGGUUGACGAGUUUGCGGAACGACAACACCGAAUGGUGGGAGAAGCGGUGGCGCCGUGCCGGGGCAGGGAUGGCUCGGCAGAAGUGCCGUGCACGGCCCAGGGUAGACAGGAAUUUCACGCAGCCAAAGCUGGGCCAGAGAGAUGGUACGGCCACAAAUGCUAAUGCCCCCCCUGUGGAGUCCUUCCCCUGGGUGGGGCCGAAGACAGUGGUGCUGCACAAGAAUUUGCAGGGGGGUUACGGCUUCACCCUCCGGCACUUCAUCGUCUACCCCCCAGAAUCGGCAGUUCAUUCCAACGUGAAGGAGGAAGAAAAUGGAAACAGAACAGGCCCCUCCCGGAAUCGUCUGGAACCCAUGGACACCAUCUUUGUGAAAAGUGUGAAGGAAGAUGGGCCAGCACACAAGGCUGGCCUCCGAACAGGAGACCGUCUUGUCAAAGUGAAUGGCGAAAGCAUCAUCGGGAAAACCUACUCACAGGUCAUCGGCCUCAUACAGAACUGUGAAGAUGCUUUGGAGCUCUCCAUCAUGCCCAAAGAUGAGGAUAUUCUACAGCUGGCAUAUUCUCAAGAUGCCUACUUAAAGGGCAAUGAACCGUACUCUGGAGGGGCCCAGAGCAUCCCUGAGCCACCACCCAUCUGUUACCCUCGCAAAACAUACCCGUUCCAGUCGAAGGCCUCUCCUCGCGAUGUCCCAGCAGCUGAGACGUACCAGGGACAGCAGGUGGACAACAGACAACCCUACCAUUCGGGUUCUUCAGGCCCAUCUUCUCCUUUGAGCAGCACUGUGGUCCAGCGUAUUCCCCCCACUGCUUGGGCUGAGCCCGCACAGAACUUCAGUAGCAACCAUUCCAGCCCUGCCCACCGCACAGAGGAGGUCCAGUAUGGAAUGACCCAGAGGGUGCCUGUCACAAGGCCUCUCCCAGCUUCCGGCUCCUUUUCCCGCUACUCCAACAGCAGUUGCCCGGGUUCUAUAGCCUCCCCCUUGCCCGAGAGGUACUGUGCCCCCCCUGCUCCCUCUAUGCCCAACCACGCCUGCUACGGACCCCCCAAACAACUCCCUGACCACCGUGCUCAUGGCGGGUUGAAGGACGCUCCCCGCGAGGGCCGGCCCUCCCGGGACUGUGCUGGAACUGGCCCCAAAUCUGUCAGCCGCCUAGAAUGCCAACAGGCCUUGUCCAACUGGAUCUCGAGCCAAGUGCCGCGGCGAAGCUCUUCGGAGGAGCGCGGCUGCGCCAUGCCACCUCGCUACCGGAGCAUCUCGCAAGACCGCCUGGGGGAUGCCCCGGCUUCCCGGGGCUGGCCUCACAGUGCUUCCCAAGACACUUUAAUCCAGUCCCCUGCACACGACAGCUGGAGUUACCGAGCUCGGUCGGAUAACUACCUGGUGAAAUACGGGCAAUCCUCGGAAGCUCUUGAACAAGGUGCUUUGAUUUCUCCUAGAUAUGAGAGAUGUAUGUGGUCACCGGACAGGUUUUACCGGCACGGGCAAGUUAAUCGAGCCCAGCCUAGCCACCCAGGUUCCUAUAUCCCUUCUGCCUCUUCCAGGGAUCCGCCUCCUGCACAUGUGCAGAAACACCCUUCCCAACCCAACCUCCAGAGCAUCAAUGACUCUGGGUAUAUUGGUUACCGGAGCUACAGCCCUUCGUUCCAGCGCAGGACUGGCUUGCUCCAUGCCCUGUCGUUCCGGGAUGCUACUUUUGGUGACCUUCCGACCAUUAAUAUUUCCCAAAGGCAAGGAAACCACUCAACACCACCUUACGUUGAAAGGCCUUUGCCCACUGCCGUGCUCCCAAGUGCCUCUGCUCCUUGCCCGGACCCUCCCUUGGGCAGUAGCCCAGAAAUCCCCAUGGACCAAAGACCAGCCAAGCAAGAGAAUGGCACGAGGCCUCUGGAGCGGGCUUCUCCACCUCAGCCCAUGGAACGGUUGCAGCCUGAGGCCGAGGAAAGGAGGGACGAGGUGGUUCUCCGGCAAAAGCCCCCAACUGGACGCAAAAUGCCUCCUCCUGCGAGACAGAUGAACUUUGUCUUCCCGGAUGACAUGAAGGAAACAGACAUUUGCGAUCCCCCUCCGCCGGCGCUGGCAGCCGGUAAAGAGAACAAGCGGGGAGUGGCCCCAUUGGCUACGCCAGAGGAUUCCCUAGCGUCCAUUCCAUUUAUUGAUGAGCCGACGAGCCCCAGCAUCGACCUGAAGGCAAAGCACAUCCCCGCCUCCUCUGUCGUCUCAAGCGCCAUGAAUUCCGCCCCUGUGCUCUCUGCCAGCCCUUCCUCGCCCACUUUCACCUUCGCCAUCAACCGCCAUUAUUCCCAGGAUUGCAGCAACAUCAAAGCCAGUCGCCGGUCUUCCUACCUCUUAGCCAUAACCACAGAACGCUCCAAGUCAUGUGAUGAUGGUCUGAACACAUUUCGGGAUGAGGGGAAGCUUCUGAGGAGGCUGCCAAGCCGGGUGCCAAGCCUCCGCAUGCUAAGAAGCUUCUUCACUGAUGGGUCUUUGGAUAGCCUGGGUACCUCCGAAGACACCCGAUCGAAGCGGCAUUCAACCUCGGACCUGUUGGAUGUCACUUUCAGUGACGUGAGGAAAGAGGGCUGGCUCCAUUACAAACAAAUCCUCACAAAGAAAGGCAAGAAAGUUGGCGGAGGCAUUCGGCAGUGGAAGCGGGUCUUUGCUGUCCUACGUGCACACUCGCUCUACUUAUGCAAGGACCGGCGGGAGGCUGUGGCCAUUGCCCCGCCCCCAGGUGAGGAGGAGCAGCCGCCAAUCAGCGUCCGAGCGUGCCUGGUAGACAUCUCCUACAGUGACACCAAGAGGAAGCACGUCUUCCGGCUGACGACCGCUGACUUCUGUGAAUGUCUCUUUCAGGCCGAGGAUCGGGAUGACAUGCUGGCCUGGAUUAAAGUCAUCAGGGAGAGUAGCAAAGCCGAGGGCGAGGACCCUGGGUUUGCAAGCCAAGCACUUAUCAAUAAGAAGCUAAAUGAUUACAGAAAAGUGAGCUCCUCUGGGACCAAACCAGACUCCUCCCCAAAAGGUCCUCGUGUGCCGGGGGUGAAGUCAGAAUUGCAGAAGCAACUAGGAGCAGGGCCACCCCGUUCCCCACGGCAGGAUACCAUCACGCUAAGAGAUGACAGUACCCCCCAGAAAGCUCCUUGGGGUAUCAACAUAAUGAAGAAAAACAAGAAGCCUGCUCCAAGGGCCUUUGGCGUGAGACUAGAAGACUGCCAACCUGCCCCUGACAACAAGAAAGUCCCCUUGAUUGUGGAAGCCUGCUGCAAGGUGGUGGAAGACAAAGGCUUGGAAUACAUGGGCAUCUACCGGGUCCCUGGGAACAACGCUGUGGUCUCCAGCCUCCAGGAGCAGCUCAACAAAGGGUCUGCAGAAAUCAAUCUGCAGGAAGAGAGGUGGCAAGACUUGAACGUCAUCAGCAGUCUCUUGAAAUCGUUCUUCCGGAAACUCCCGGAACCACUGUUUACAGAUGAUAAGUACAAUGACUUUAUCGAAGCCAACCGGAUUGAAGAUGCCAGCGAAAGGAUGAAGACCUUGCGCAAACUGAUCCGGGACUUGCCAGGCCAUUAUUACGAGACCCUGAAGUUUCUGGUGGGGCACCUGAAGACAAUUGCUGAUCAUUCCGAGAAGAACAAGAUGGAGCCCCGGAAUCUUGCUCUGGUGUUUGGUCCCACCCUUGUUAGAACGUCGGAGGACAACAUGACCGACAUGGUGACACACAUGCCUGACCGCUACAAAAUCGUGGAGACCCUCAUACAGCACUCAGACUGGUUUUUCAGCGACAAGGAGGAUAAAGGUGAGAAGACCCCUGUAGAUGAGCAGGAGGCCCAAUCAGUGCCGAAUAUUGAGUACCUUCUGCCCAACAUUGGUAGGACAGCAGCACCGGGGGACGCUUCAGAUUCGACCAACAGUGGCUCAGCUAAAUCAAAGGCUUCGUGGGGCUCCCGGAAGGAGCACUAUCACAAGGAGAUGCUUGCCAUCUCCUUCAUCUCAGCUGUCAACCGCAAGAGGAAGAAGCGGAGAGAGGCCAAGCGUUUCGGGAGCAGCACAGACGACGACUCUGAGCAUGAGUUGGCCGCCAAGCCAGCCGCCAAGAGAGACGAGGAGGAGGUGGGGGCAGAGGAGGAACUGAACGAGGCAGAGGGGCUUGGGAGCAGCAGCGGCAGCAGAGGUCCAGAGCUUGAUGGGCAGAGCGGCCCAGAGGGCUCUGUGAAGCUCGAAGUAGAGUUGAAGACAGCGGCACCUCGGGGAAGCCCAGAACCAGCCCACGAUGCCCGCUCCAUCGUGUCGGGUUACUCCACCCUAUCCACCAUCGACCGCAGCCUGUGCUCCGAGGUGCAGUCUGUAGCAGAGAGUCGUGGGGAGGAGGCAGAUGAUGAACGGAGCGAGUUUAGCCACGUGGAAACGGACACCGAGAAUGGUUUUGUGCCAGGGCAGGCCGGGGUGGUCCCGAAAGGAGCCGGGUUGGAGGCGGUGGCAGGAGGCGGAGCUGCCGCUGCCGACAAAGCGUUCCACAGCCGAGCCUCCUUCAGCUCCCACCGCCUCAUGCAGUGCGACACCCUGGCCCGGCGCAAGCUCUCGCGGCCCCGCUACAGCAGCGAGGCCUCCUCCAAAGACAGCACGGAAGCCCCAAGCUCUAGCUCGCCAGGGAGUCAGGAGUCACUGCAGCCCACGGGAGCCGCUGAGGCCCACAGCCGGCCUUCCCUCACGGAGCAGCUGCGCCUCCGCUUCCGCGGCUCGGCGGACGACAUGCUGGCGGUGCGGCUGCGCAAGCCGCACUCGCCUGAGACACGGCGCAAGAGGAACAGCUGGCGGCGCCACACGGUGGUGGUGCCCGGCGGCCUCAAGGACCUCAACUACAACGAGUGGGAGGAUCAGCAUGUCUUGGGGGGCCCCGAGGCCCGUCCGCUGGAUGCCACCAGCAGAGCUCCCCUCCGGGACAACAAAGACUCUGGGCUCUCCAGCCUGGAGUCGACAAAAGCUCGGCCUUCCUCGUCUGCGCUGGGGAGUGCAGUUGCUCCUGGCGGCGAGCAGCAGCACCACAAGGCCGGCUCUGAAGGGCGCUCCGCUCCCCGGCGCACAGCUUCCUUGCGCUUCCACCAGUGCCUCUAGGGGGCAGGCAGGGGAAGCCCCUGGUUGAAGCAGCAGGGGAGGAACCCUAGCUUGGCCAUGCCAGCAGCCUCAAACUUCAGUGGAGCAAGAGUCUCUUCCCUGCCCCAGCCUCACUUUCUGACCCCCUUCCCCCUGGUCUUAAUUUAAUGACUCUCCCGUUUCGUGACUUGUGAAUUUAUUUAUUCCCCUUCCCUCCCCAGGGAGGCAGUUGGAAGCAGAGGCGGGUGAAACGAGGGAAGGGGCUCUUUGGCCAGCUCAUAGGAAGCUCUUGCCUUGGUUUUGCUGCUGGGAGGCUACCUGGGGCAAUGGGGGUGGCCAGCCCCCAUUCCUGCUUGGAAAAGCUUCUCUGGCUCUAGGGUGCUGGUCUGCAGGUUGGUUUUCAGGGCAUGUGUGUGAAGGAGAAGGCAGACGGGAAGUUGUUCAGCAGGAGCCUCUCCCUGCCCAUCUCUGCCUUGUUUGCCGCCCCACAUUUUGCCUCUUUCCCGAGGAAGUUCUUGGGAAGCCCUUGACCACUGCCAAAGUUCUGCCGCUGAUCAAGCCCCUGCUCCAAUGCCAUUCUGCCUCUGAGUCCUCCUUCCCAGGGCACAAGAAUGUCUCGAUCUUGGGGGGCCCUGAAUAGGUCCCUUUAAAAGAAAGCAAGCAAGCAAGCAAGCCACCCCACUGCUCCCUCUGUGCCUUCUCCCAAGAUGAGCAGGUGGGCAACCAGCUCCCCAGUUUCCCACCUCCCUUGGCUUGGCCUUUGCAACACCCCUGCAGAGUUGGCUAGACCCCCUUCAGUUGCAGCACUUGUGCCCUCUGGGCAUGGGGUGGACUUGGCCCUGCACUUGGAAAUUGCCCAUGGAGAAACCAAAAACGACAGAGCCAGAAACGCCCUUUCUAGAGGCAUGCAGCCUUUUCCACGCUGCUCUCCUCCUACUUUAAGUGGCACUGUCCCGUUUCCCCCCACACCAAGCAGUCCUGUGGUCUCUUGAAAGGCCAACCAACUCACUGCUAGUCUUCAAGGUGCCAGAAAACUCAUGUUCUUUUUGGGGGGUUUACCACAACAGACUCCCAUGGCAACCCCUCUUGGCAAAAAAGUAAGCAUCAGAAGGAACCUGUGGAACAUCCAGGUUCACCUUUGGGAUUAGACCUGUCGUUUGCCCUUCCUGCCUGCGGUUUUCAUGCUGCCUGAAGCCUUAAGAGGUGCUGCCUUGCGCUGUCGGUGUUUGUGGACCUUUAUAUAACUUAGCUCUCCCUCUGCCACUGAGAACGUGGGUGGGGGGAAAGCCUACCUGUGUCUCUGCCCGACUCCUUGCCGCUCUUCUCUUGUGACAGUUUGUACAAACCACGAGGAAAAAUACAGUGGCUUUAGGAGUUGAACAGCCAAGUCCUACCUGUGUUGGGUACAGUUCAGGGAUGCAGUUGUUUGGAGAGUAGAGGAUAAAGACCGUUAGUACAAACGGGAAGUUGUCUGGCUGCUUUUAUGCACUUGUAACAUUUCCCAGUAACUCUUGGUGCUAAAGAGGAUGUAGAGUACCCACUUGCUGCUUAUGUGGAGGAUUUCUAACAUAAAUCCUUUCUAUGUAGAUUGUCCCACUCACACUCAAUCUAGCGUGACAUUGCCCCCCCCCAAAAAAAAAUCUGUGAUAGGCUGAGUGUGAGCCUUGUGUGAGUUGUAUUGUGGGUGAGAAGGAUGGACAUCAGGUACGGAUGACAAGCACAGCUGGUUCCCUCCCUCCAAUGCCCUGUGCAGGUAUGCCAGUAAGAGAGUCUGAGAGAUUGCUUAACUUUGCUGUUAAAGAUUCCCAUGAUAACAUAUGUUGGGAUUCCAUUCCAGCCUUUGUUCCAGCAACAGCUGAAAUGCCAUAAUCCUACCAUCUUGUGCUAUGCAGUUGCCCUCCAAAAUCCACACGGACAAACUUUAUUUGAUACUUGCUGGUGCUACAUUUCUUCUUAGCAAUGUCUUCCCCUCCUUAGUUUUCUCAGUAUGUUGGGACAGAAGUGAACCAAGGGCGCCACUCGUUUCUGUGUUGCAGAUUAGGGCAGAUACUCAUACUUCUUGCCCAUUUUUUGCAUUUCCUUCACAAUGAGAGGCCUCUUACUGAUUUGCUUUCACCUUGUGGUGUAAAAUGUUCCUUCUCGUCCCUGAUCUUUGUAGAAUCUCAUUUGUCCAUAUGGCAUGAGAGAGAAACUGGAGCGGCUCUAUUAGCGAGUAAAUAGGCAUGGUGCUGUUUUAAUAUGUGAAUGCUCUAUGGUGAAGUGUAGGAGCUGCUUCUGCAGAAAAAAGCUGCACAGUCAGAAAAUAGCCUCACUGAGAUAGUGGCUUUUCCCUGUUGCACCCAAGCUGUAGCAAAAGUAUCUGGUCACAUCAGUAGUUAACCACAUUCGAGCAAAGUGCUUUUGUUUCAGCAGUUUUCCUAGAAGCACCAUUUCCAGUGCCCAUGAAGUGCAGUGGGUGUGUUUUGAGCAAAUUGCUGCUUGCCAACCUAACCUACUUGCCAGUGGUGUUAGCAGGCUUAACUGCGAUUUUCAGCUCCUUUAGAGGGCAAGGCAGCAUUCAAAUGUGUUGGAAAGUGGAAAACGCUGGAUUUCAUAAUUUGGGGGUGGCAUUUAGAAAGCCAUCCUCAUCAUUGCAGGACGAAAGGCAAACAUUGCUGUCAUGGAGAUGUUUCUAGUCUCCAUAGCAACUUCUUGCUGCUUGUAUAUGUCUGCAGGCAAAGUGACCUUGAAGUUUGCUACAAGAGCUUUAUCUUGCCCUGCCUGUGAUGAACUCAGGGCAGCGUGUGUCAUUCCCAUCCCUGCUUAUUCACACAGCAGCCUUGUGAGGUAGGUUAGCCUGCUUCAGACGAUCUUGCCAGGCUUCAUAAACCAUGGACAAAGCACUCCUUCCUCGACCGGCUCUUCCUCUUCCUCCUCAUUCACACUGGCUUUAGUGCUUCAUUCCUGACUUGCAUUGAGCCAAGGUUCAUUGUUAACACCAGAGCCAGGGAUGUUUGGCUGCACAUCAGUUAACAAAUCAUGAUGAGAAACUGAAGCCUAUGCAGAGGGGAGGGAAGACAGCUUGUCUGAACCAGGCCAGUAACUGGCCCAAGUUUACCCAGCAAGCUGUUUUGGCUGAGUGGGGAUUUCAUUUCUGCUCUCCCAAGUCUUCACUUUAGCUCUCAAGGGUAGGCUAGUUCAUGCAUAUUCAUGUUUUAAUGAGUGCAACAUUAAGGUAGUGAUGUGUGUACCAAUGAGCCAUUGUGGAACAAGUUGCCAGGUGUCAAUCAAAGCCUAGGGUGUUUGGGUGGAGCCGAUUCACAGCUGCAGCUUUUGAGUUAUCCAGUGUUUGGAUCAGAAAUUAAGUGCUGGCUAUGCAUGUGUGAGAGGGAUCUGACCUGUAAGGGCUAGCAGUGUGCAAAUUCUGUAUGUGUCAUAGGUGCAAAUAGAUGCCUUGGUAAUCACCAACAAUGAUUAUUUAAAAAUCUAGUUUUUUAGUGUCCAAAGUGCUUUAUGUUAUGUACCUUCAUAACCACCCUUAUAAUUACUUCUGAGAGUGUAGUGAUUGUAGAGAAGCACAGGCAAAACCUGGUGGAAUUCCACCAUGAUUUGUGCUGUUUACCUUGACACCAGGACUCAAAAUAUUUGGCCUGUAGGAUCCCAGUUCACCAUCCUUGUGCUUCCAGACCUGCUGGCAUGUGCAUUAUUCAAUUCCCACGUCAUGUAUGCAGCAGCUACAUGUACUACAUAGUCUAUGAUGCAGCACAACUCAGAGUAAUAUGCUCAUUCACAAGGGCAUCUGGGGGCUAGCUAAUGUUAAAAAUGUGCACCAGAGUAUAGAGGGGACUAGCAGAAGCCAUGCAGAUUCCUGUACACUUUCUGCUCAAAUUUAGCAAAUUGAUUCCACCAAAAUCGCAUACCAAACUUUGUCCCCUAGUUCCAUUUUGGGUAGAAUUAGGCUGCAACCCUGACCUUAAUCCUAAAUGAGAUGUGGCAUGCUGAGAGUGGCAGGCUUGAAUCUGGAAAUGGAACCCUGCUGGAAUUUUUACAUUUGUAGUUUCCCCCUCAUUGGGAAUGGACUCUGUUUUAUGCUCUUGUUUUGAAAACCAUAGAAUUCUCUGUACUAGAGCAGAGAGAUUGUCACAACUGGAGAUUAUCCACGUAUUGUAGUGUCCUUUUGGUCUGGCAGUGGUUGCAGUGUUGGCCUCAAGUGUCUGGUAAAUGCAGAGUAUAAAUUUUUUUAUAUAUACCUGACUGCUUUAAAAUGUCUAUAUGCGUUUUAGAACGUAAGAAACUCAUUAGGCACAUUGAUGACCACUUUUGCCUGAAAGGUGAAGGUUUACAUAAGCUCAAGCUCUGUCAAAUUGCUGAUUGGUUUCUGCAAUUGGAAGCGAGUGGUGAUUCUUAGCCCCUGCACCCUCCAGCGCUGACAUGCUAAUGGGUUCUGCAGGGUUUCAACAGAGGGUUUUUUUUUCAUAAGACAAAUUCCAAAAAAGACUUAAAAGGACAGAAAUGUUGUUCAUGCUGAUAGGGACAUAAAACAACUGUAACACAAAACACCAAAAAAUGGAAAUGCCUAUAAUUUGUGAUACAAUUGAAUUAGCCACAAAUGUUGCUGUGUGCUCCACACUCCGCAUUUUCUAAUGCACAUCUUACAGCCAUUCCAUUGAGGCCUUGAAAAAGGGGUGUGUGGAGAUGUGGAAUUUAAAACUUAGCAAAGCUAAACUAUUUGCUACACUGUUAUGCAUUGUUCUUUUAUGCAAAUACUUGCUGUAAAGUUUUAUUUUUCACCUUAUUUUGUAAAUAACCUUUAAAUGUGUAACAUAUGAUAAAAGAGUUUAUAAGGAUUUUUUUUUAAUGAAGGCUGUUUUGUUUUGCUCCUUUUAAAAACCCAGUUAUAUUGACAGUGUUGAUUUUUUUUUUAAAGCACCUGCCUGCCUGCAUGGUUUGUCCCUCUUCCCAACUUCACUGUGUUGUACAAUGUCAGACAUAUAUAUAUGGUCAAACGAAACAACUGAAGAAACCCAAACUCUGCUUUGAGGAUCUCCUCAGAAUUACAGUGAUAUACAUAUUGGAAAUAAACUGGCUUAUUCAGAGAA